UUUUUGGAUUCUUCCAACGGAGCCUUGUGAAAUGGGGGCCAACUCAUAUCAGCCUUUUGGGCUUCAUCAGGAAGCAAUUUACCUUUAGGAUCCUGGAGGUUGAGGUCUGUUUAUUUGAGGACUGUGUGUGGCCAAGUCCUGGGUUUAUUCUGGUGUUUAGAUGAUCACUAUUUAUCUUUUCUAUCGGCUUUGGAUGUCUCACAGCUAAUCUUCUGAUCCACUGGCUUCCAACCAGGAUAGAGUGGCCAAUGCUGCUGUAUUUUGGAUAAUCAUGAAUCUGCUGUUGUUUUUUAUCUUGGGAUUGCUUGUUCAUUUUGUGUUCUUUGUCUCCAUAUUUGACAUUUACUUUACUUCUCCUCUGGUACAUGGUAUGACUCCUCAAAUUACUCCUCUGCCACCUCCAGCACGACGGUUAGUGUUAUUUGUUGCAGAUGGCCUUCGAGCAGAUUCCCUCUAUGAAUUAGAUGAAAAUGGAACUUCCAGAGCACCAUUUAUCAGGAAUGUAAUAAUGCAUAAAGGUAGCUGGGGUAUUUCUCAUACCCGUGUACCCACUGAAUCCAGGCCAGGACAUGUAGCUCUUAUAGCUGGUUUUUAUGAAGAUGUCAGUGCAGUUGCAAAAGGAUGGAAAGAGAAUCCUGUGGAAUUUGAUUCCCUUUUCAAUGAAAGCAAAUAUACUUGGAGCUGGGGAAGCCCAGAUAUUUUGCCUAUGUUUGCUAAAGGUGCAAGUGGAGACCACAUUUAUAUCCAUUGUUAUACAGCUGAAAAAGAGGACUUUGGUGCACAAGAUGCAGCACGUCUUGAUACCUGGGUUUUUGAUCAGGUUAAGGAUUUUUUCCAGUCUGCUAAAAGUAACCAGUCUUUGUUCUCAAAACUGAAUGAAGAGAAAAUAGUGCUUUUCUUGCAUUUGCUGGGAAUAGACACAAAUGGACAUGCUCACCGACCAUCAUCAAGGGAAUACAAGGAUAAUAUAAGAAAAGUUGAUGAUGGAGUUAAAGAGAUAGUGUCCCUUCUGGAGGAUUUUUAUGAAAAUGAUGGGAAAACAGCCUUUGUCAUUACCUCUGAUCAUGGAAUGACAGAUUGGGGAUCCCAUGGUGCUGGUCAUGCCUCAGAGACUUUAACACCUUUGGUCUCUUGGGGAGCUGGAAUCCGUUAUCCCCAGCAGGUGUCAACCCAGCUCUUUGAUGAUGAAUUUUUGAAAGAAUGGCAGCUGGAGAACUGGACGAGGCGAGAUGUAAAUCAGGCUGACAUAGCACCAUUGAUGGCUUCCCUCAUUGGAGUUCCUUUUCCCCUUAAUUCUGUGGGAAUCCUGCCUUUGGAUUAUCUUAACAGUAGUGAUCUUUUCAAAGCAACAAGCAUGCUCACAAAUGCAAUACAGAUUCUUGAACAGUUUAAGAUAAAAAUGACUCAGAAAAAGGAAAUCACACUGCCAUUUUUAUUUACACCAUUUAAAUUACUUUCUGAUUCUAAACAGCUUGAGAUUUUAGGAAAAGCAAGAUCCUACCUUAAAGAGGAGAAGUAUCAGGAUGUGAUCUCUCUUUGCAAAGAGCUGAUUCACCUUGCACUGGAAGGCUUGUCAUAUUACCAUACUUAUGACAGAUUUUUUUUGGGCAUCAGUGUUGUUAUGGGUUUUAUUGGAUGGAUAUCUUUUGCAUCUAUAAUGAUUAUCAAGUCUCAUUCUAGUUUGACAAGAAGAGUUGCUAAAGGUAAAAAGGAUAAAAAGAAACUCCAUCAUCUCCUGCCAUGCAGUUUUGUAGUUAUUGGAGUUCUAAUAGCAUUCUUCCUGCUGAUUCAAGCCUGUCCCUGGACCUAUUACAUCUAUUGUUUGUUACCAGUGCCAAUAUGGUAUGCAGUUCUAAAAGAAUUCCAGGUUAUUCAAGACCUGCUUGCAUUAUUAUUGACCUUUUCUGGAAAACAUUCAGUUGUGUUUUUACUAGUUUUCACCCUGGGGAUUGAAAUAUUAGUUCUUAGUUUUUUCUACCGCUACAUGCUUACUGCUGGUCUUAUUGCAUUUGCGUGCUGGCCAUUUUUCACACAACUCUGGAUUCAAGCAAAGAUAACAUCAUUAGGUUGGACUUUCUUCUCUUUACUUCUCGCAGUAUUUCCUCUACUGCCUGUUGUAGGACGUGAGCCAAAUAUCACUCUAGUAGUAGGAGCAGGUUUGCUCAUUUUUUUGAUCUCUUUGUCAUCCUUUGUAUAUCUUUGGAAAAGCAAAAGGAAAUAUAUAUGUGAAAAUCUGCCAGUACAUCUGUGUCAGAUGGUGGGUAUACUUAUUUCCACAUAUAUUGUGAACAGUACUCAUAGUAGUCUUCUUCAGAAACAAGGUCUGCCUCAAAUUAACCAGAUUGUUAGCUGGACAAUACUAGCUUUUUCCUUGAUUGUGCCAUUACUGGGUUCCACAAUUGUCUUUCAGCGAUUAUUUAGCAUACUUCUCUCCUUGAUGUCAACCUAUCUACUUUUGAGCACAGGGUAUGAAGCUCUCUUUCCAUUUGUUUUGUGGUGCUUAAUGUUGGCUUGGAUACGUGUAGAACAAGAAGUGUUGCAACAAUCGGGUAUUCCCUGUACACAAAAGCUCACCAGUAUUCAUUUUGCCUGUAAUACAGAUAUUACUCAAGUCCGACAACUCCACUUAGAUGACAUUCGCAGGUCUUUCUUCUUUGUUUUUUUUAUAGUGGCAGCCUUUUUUGGAACUGGAAACAUAGCUUCUAUUAACAGUUUUGAUCCUUCUUCUGUAUAUUGCUUCCUGACUGUGUUUAGCCCCUUUAUGAUGGGAUCCUUGAUGAUGUGGAAGAUUUUAAUUCCUUUUGUUCUUGUGAUGUGUGCUUUUGAAGCAAUUCAAGUAACAACACAACUCUCAUCAAAAAGCCUUUUCCUCAUUGUCCUUGUUAUUUCAGACAUCAUGGCAGUGCAUUUUUUCUUCCUGGUCAAAGAUUAUGGAAGCUGGCUUGAUAUUGGAACAAGCAUUAGCCACUAUGUGAUUGUCAUGUCUAUGACCAUCUUCUUGGUCUUACUCAGUGGAUUGGCACAACUCCUAACAACAAAGAAAAUCAAAUUGUGGGGGAAAACCAAGCCCCACUUCAUGUGAUGCUGUUGCAGAUUUCCUAUGGCACCUGGAUUCCAUUCAGCAUUUCCUGCUUUUAUGCUUCUGUUUUUAAACUCUUAAUUUAAGAGGAUUGACAUGUCAUAAUAACAUUCCAUCAAAGAUACAACAUAAUUUGGUUUGGAAGAUUAAUAAUGAUGUAUAACCCAUAAAGGAUAAUUCAUUUGGAGUUCUGAAUCUAGAGAUAUCUAGAAUUAAGUAGUUUCCUUUUUUGAAGUCAAAUUUUUAUCCAAAAAAAAUGCUGCUUAUAUCUUUGGAAGAACCACCAUAAAAGUAUUCUUCAUCUUCAAUUUUUCCCUUUAGCUGCAGCUUUUCUUCCAGUUAUUGAUAUUCAGUACCUGAGGAUAAAUAGUCUGUGGGUAUAUUCCAUGAAAAUUUUCUUAACAUAUUUCUUAUGCUGAUUAUAUCCCAAGCCACAACUUUGACUGAACUUUGACAUAUAUCACCAGGUGGCAUCAUAAUAUUUAUCAAUAUGAAAAUUAGUUUUGUGCUCAUACUUUCUAACUGGCUAAAUGACAUUAUUUAAUUCUUCUGACCUCAAAAGAGCUCUUAUUUCCUCAGUAUGACUGGCCAAAAUUUCAUCACUUGAUGGUCAAUUUUUGGUGAUGAGAUUUUUUGCUCUCACCUAGAUUAGACCUUGGAUAGGAGUGGGUCAGUCCUUGAAAAUUUUCCAUUCAGAUAAGAAUUGACAGAGUUAAUGAGUCCUGUGACUGAUUAACACAGCCUAGAAACCAGUAGCCUGACCAUAUGGGGUCAAAAUAGGACUUAAGUUGAGGUUAAAGUUCAUUGAAAUAGAAAGGUUAGAUAUAGACAUUUUUGUCCACAGGAUUCAGUAGGAAGAGUACAGUCUUUAGAAUCCAAAGGUGUGGGUUGUAAUUCUACUUCUUAUUUUUACUACCUCCUUGAUCUUGUGGAUAAAUCAUUUAAUUUCCCUAGGAUUUAGUUUCCUCACCUCCAAAACAAAGAAGUUGAUCUAGAUCAAGGUUUGUUUUUUUUUUAAAUUUUAUUUAAAUUUAUUUUUUAAACAUUUAUUUUUAAAUUUUCAGUUCCAAAUUCUCUCCCUCCCUCUCCUCUCAUUGAGAAGGCCAACAAUCUGAUGCCAGUCAUACAUAAAAAGUUAUGCAAAUCACAGUUCCAUAUUAGCCUUGUUGCAAAAAAAAAAAAAAAAAAAAAA